UCUUCAUGCACAAUUAGUCAACUGUUUACGACAUUAUGCAAAGUCCUUGUAUAUGAAGCAGGUUAGAACAGUCGCUCACUAGCACUCGUCCCUUGAUCCCCACGGGCCACACGACCAUGUUUGUUCCAAGGUCAGCAGCGUCACUGAACCUCUCAACCGAGGACUUGCGCUUCAGAGAAACCUUGUUCAAUUCUAUUUCAUAUCUGAGUGUAACAUCCUGCACUAUAAUCAUCCUCAUCGCUAUCCUCCUGUCCCUUCAUCCCUUGUCCAAACAAAAAACAGACCGGGUCAGUUUCCGGAUUAUGAUAUACGCACUAUGUGGCAGCAUCGUAUAUUCAAUAACCAGUCUUGUAAUAAGUCGCGUCCAGGACCAAACGAAGUGUCAUGUCAUCGGCUCUUCCGUGAUUUUUGGUCUACACCUAUCAUCCUUCCUGUUCUUCUGCAUCGGCCUCAACCUUCAACUGGUCAUGAUACAUGGGAUUGACGGAGCGAAAGCAGAAAAGUACUACGCUUGGGGUAGCCUAUCAUUGGCGCUAGUUUUGGGCGUCCUGACAUACGUAUCGAAUCAAUUAAUAUAUGAUUCUAAAGUAGGGUGUUACUACUACGACCCCAACCCUGUCAGAGGCUUUUGGUGGCGAUUGGGCAUACGGAAUAUAUGGAGCUUCCUCACUAUGGCUGGAGAACUUUGCACGUUUUUUUCGGUAGUCAUUUAUAUGGUUCGUGUAAAGGUUUUCUCUCCAGGACCUAGUCCAGCAGCAACGGUACCGGGUUCCCACAGACUCUCAGCAUCGCACCAGUACCGCAAACCUCUGGGACCUAGACAGUAUCGGAACGUUGUAUUGCGUAUCUCACUCUAUCCCCUCUCGUCGUUGGCCACAUCGGGACUCUCAGCUAUAGGGACCAUGUCUCGUCCCGCCCAUGGAAUCCAAACUCGAUCAGACUGGAUUGUCUUAAACAGAUUUCACGCCGCUUUCUUAUUCCGUGGUACGCUCUACGCGUUGGUUGCCUGCGCAGAUCCAGCUAUCACUCAAGGCCUGAAAGUGUUAUACAGACACUAUACACGACGACAGGCAUCAAGCUGCCCACCGUCAACCCAGAUCGACAUUGCUCCUCCUUUGGCUAGUCAUAGCUGCUCAGGUGCGGCUGACCUCGAGCUCGAAGGAAUUCCUGACCCGAAGAACGAAAGUUUACGUCGGGCAUGCCUUCGAGAAUCUAGGAGCAACGUGGUGACACUGCCAAAGACAGCUCUGAUACUUCCAGGCAGGGAGGGUACUUAUUCUGGCACUAAGUCGAAUUGUACUGCGGGUACAGGUGCGGGGAACGAACUCCAGGUCAUUGAAUCCGAUGGCGCUCAGCAUCAUUAUUCGUACCCACAUUUGACGCAAUUGUAAGAAAGGAUAAUAGCUUUGUUUUACUGUAGGGAAACGGGACUCCUGAAGAAUUUCUAAUGUUGUACUUUGUCGUAUAAGUAUGGCAUUCACUUCAACCUAGAGUCCAUUAAUCACAUGUGUACACUAGUCUUCUGGUACAUACUGUACUCACCUGUAUUAAUCAGUGAAUCUGACCGUCCUGACGUCGUUCAGAAUCAUUACUAUUCGUACCC